AUGCUCAAGCCUGGCAACCCACCCACUAUCGGUCUCACACAAGUCUGCCGACAAAUUCGAGAUGAGUUCAGGAAGAUCUACAUGCAAAACGUCUCCUUCACAGUCAGAGACAAAGACAUUAAGAGGUUCGCGAACGCGUUCUUUGAGUCGGGUCAUAUGAACCAGCGAGUACUCGAUGGGCAACGCCCCGCGCGCGUCAUUUAUCUCUAUCCGACUGCCACGAAUGUGGACAUACUACCUCUCCUGGAAGUUAAGAUAUCGUUCCCGCAAACCGAGAUCACCGUCAUCCCCGAUCCUGCAGAUAUCGAAGAGCAGUUGCGCAAUCGUAUCUAUGACUUUGCCGCUGCGACUGAAGCCAGUCAACCUCGCUGCGUGCUGCCAUGUCUUGCGCUUGCGCAGACAUGUCAACAGCUCCGAACCGAGUAUCGAUCUAUUUGCCUGAAGCGAGACAUCGUCAUCGACUGGAAGGCGGUCACCGGUUACCUGCGCACUUUCUUUCCGAACGUCAAUGGCAAGAUCGACAACGUUGAGCUUGCACCAGCCAGCAUGACCAUAGUCACUCCUUGGCGCGGAGAUGCAGAGAGAGAAGACCAUUAUGGGCUUGAUAUGCUAUUGCUAGUCAAAAUUGGCCUCUGUCGACCAGACUUCACCUGUCACCUCGUUCACGAUACGGCCAGCCUGCAGCUUUACGACGAGGACGAAGAGAAACAUCGAGAGGGAUAUAACUUCAGAGACUGGAUCGAUGAAGACGCAACACCCGUAGAGAAGAUGAUGUGUAAUCGACACCCACGAUGGAUAUCCGAUAUCGAGACCGGCGAGAUCACCAGAAUCAUGGUUUCCAACAUUGGGGUCAGCACUUCGCCCCAGGCAGCGUUCUACCUUAAAUCUCGGCAAUUGCUCGAGGACCUGGACGCUGAGGAUGAGGAAUUUGAAGGAGACACAUUGGAAGAAGCUUAUUUCAACAGAAUUGACGUUGAUCCAUAUUGGGGAGAGUUUCCGGAGUUUCCUGGCCUAAGGAUUGAGGUAUGA